ACUCGCAUCAUCCCGAACAAGGGUUCGCAAUUUCCUUCUCCUCGCCCCCCCUCGUGCACUGCAAGAUUCCCGCAUCCGGCGCCCCGCAUAAGAGUGGCGAAGAAGACGAAAAGAAAAGAGAGGAAUCGAGCGGUAUGCCUCGCGCACCGGAUUGCCCACUCCCCGAAGGGCAGGGCUCCGUCUGAGCAAGCAAGAUAUGGCCAUAGCCGCCUCUUUUCUUUGUUUGGCAAAAGAGGAUGGACGAGACAGGCGCGCGCCUCUUCGUCGUCCGCACCACCGUCGCAGGAAGGUCAAAAGCAAAAAGCAGAGCGGCGCGCACUUUUUUUUUGGGCCCUCCUGCUCGAUCGACAUCGAAGCGAGGACGCUGGCGCGUGCAGUCGACGCCCCUUGCUACCAGACAAGCGAGAGACUCGGGAGAGGACACACAUUGGUCAUUCAUCCCACGCUGCUCCUCUUGUACGAUAAAUUUGUACAGCUUCGCUCCGAUCCGCUUCGGCACAGGAGGAGAAGAAGCGGGCUACACUGGCUCACGUUCCACGUUUUCAGAAUAUUCCCACGAUUGCCUUGCUCGGACCUUUCUCCACCCACGAUCGCGAGGGGGGCAACGCGCACGGGACUCUCGUGCGUGCCUCUUAUCCUGUAGAAUAGAAUAGUCCGCAGGCUUCUGCAUGCAUCGCCAUUAUUGCAAAAGCUUUACAAUCACUAUGAUGGCGCGCGCCGGGGGG